AUGUUAUGGCGGUUUUGCUGCUAGAAUCAGGAUGGUUAUCGUGCCUAUAAAGAAGCUAUAUAGUGACUAGCGCCAAAUGCCACGUGGACUAUCUCUAUAAAAACCACCACAACCCUUUAUUAUCACAAUAAACUUGAUAUAUGAGAAUGCCACUAGCAUUGUCUUUGUGUGAAUUGAUAUAAUAGUUUUCUUUCUUAAAGCAUACUAUCUCUUUUUGUAUCACCUAAAGAUAUUGAAUAGAAACUGUGUUAUAUCACACUGGUUAUGUAAUCGUUUAACAGAGGAAGGAAUGUGCCCUUUGAAAACAUGAAAAACCCAUUUGAGUGAAUCUACACUGCUACCUCUGGGGGUUCUGGAUUGUGGGGAAGGAAAAAGGAAAAAAAGAGACAGUGAAAGAUAGAGAGUUUUCUCAAAGAAUUGGGAUGAGUGAAGAUUCAGAUGAAGAUGACCUCUUUGCCAUCAGUGACAAAUGGACCUUUGAAUGGAGCAGUCGCCGCUGGUCCAGGCUCCAAGACAUCGAUUGCCUGCUGAGGGGCGUGGAGAACAAGAACCCAGGGGAAAACUCUGCCCUGCGGAAAACGACCAGCAGCGAGAGUGUUCUGACAGACUUGAGCGAGCCGGAGAUCUCUUCCCUCCAUAGCGAGAGCAGCGGCGGCAGUGGUGGCGUUCGUGUGCAUAGUGCGGAAGACUCGGACAGCUCACACCGCACCUGCUCGAACUCUGCAGCCAUGCCUGACCCCACAUCACUAGGUGUGACCCAUCUCUCUUCAGAACUUUCAAGCUACGGUUCGCUGCCUGUAAAGCAUAGCAAGCGAGGACGGACACGAGCUAAGGAGUUCUUACGGCGCAUGGAAGCUUUGCAGUUACGUGGAGCAAUGGGUGGCGGAGGGAACAGGAGUCUUGUUAUAAGUGCCCCGGUUCUCCAACAAGAACCCCAGACUGUAAAAACUCUCCGCUGUGUGGAGAUCAUCAAUGGAGACAUGCGUCUUGCAGAGCCACCUUCCGGCAUAGGGUUGCCCUCCCAGUCUAGCAGCGAAGGGAGCAGCAGCCAGUCCAGUGGGAGUGCCAUCAGUACGCCAAACAUGAAGGAACGCAACGUCCACCGGGCUGAUCACAAGCGCAGUGGGAUGUACCUGGAGGACUUGGAUGUGUUCUCCAGUCUCAUCCAGGGUAAGCGUGUGGCUGAGCAGAACCGACGCAAUGAGUUCCACUCCUACGAGGACCUGGUGGUCCAUAUUCCUAAAGAUCACAAGCCUGGAACCUUUCCCAAAGCUCUGUCCAUCGAGAGUCUUUCACCCUCAAUGGCAGCCUCCAUCAACUGGCACUUGGCAAGCAUGGACUCGGAUGUUCAGCAUCCACCUAGCUUCAAAGAACCUCGACCUGUCACACAGUGCUGCAACCGAGGAAGUCGGAUCAGCAUUUACGACAAUGUACCCAGCUCGCACCUUUAUGCCAGCACCGGCGACCUCAUAGACUUGGAAAAGGAAGACCUUUUUCCACAUUUAGAGGAUAUUCUGCAGCAUGUUAAUGGGCUGCAACAGAUCGUGGACCACUGGUCCAAGAAUGUAUUGCCUAAUAGUGAAAACGCGGGGAAGGAACGAGUUGAUCUUGUUGGCGAAAGGCAAGGCGACCUGCAAUCAUCCAGCCAGAUCACAUUGGAUUUUGAGGAACAUUCAGUGCAGGAGGGUCAGGCAACCCCUAAUGAUGUAGACAGGGAUGGGGUGUCACUUAAUGAAACAGAAUCCGUAGGAAUGAGGGAAAGGAGAGACUCAGGGGUCGGGGCUUCACUUACCAGACCAAGACGCUUGCGAUGGCCUAGCUUCCAGAUUUCCAACCGCCUCAGCCAUUCGGUCGCCUCUCUCCAGAUCACCAGCCAAUCUGCGGCCCAGCUCAGCUUGCUACAGAAAUUUUCCUUGCUCCGUCUCACUGCUAUUAUGGAGAAGUACUCCAUGUCCAACAAACAUGGCUGGACCUGGUAAGAAUCUGUUGGAAAA